CUGGGCGGGAGGCGGGAGGUGGCGGCCGUGGCGUUCAGUCCGGCAACGCAGCGGGAGGGAAGCACGAGGCAGGAGCCGGAGGCUGGGCUCCGUAGCGCUAGCAGCGCAGCCGGCGCCCGGGGCCCGGCCCCAUGCCCGCAGCCCCGCCGGACCGCCCUUGAGCGCGGGCGUCCUGCCGGCGCCCCCCGCCCGCCGGCACCAUUGCCCCGACGGCGCGGCCGGGUGGCCCGGCGCUUCCCAGGCUCCGCGCCGGCCGGAAGACGCUGCUGGCAGCUGCCGCGGGCGUGGUCAUGCUGUUGGUGCUGGUGGUACUCAUCCCGGUGCUGGUGAGCUCCGGCGGCCCGGACGGCCACUAUGAGAUGCUGGGCACCUGCCGUAUGGUGUGCGACCCCUACCCUGCGCGGGGCCCCGGCACCGGCGCGCGGCCCGACGGCGGCGACUCUCUGAGCGAGCAGAGCGGUGCGCCCCCACCCUCCACGCUGGUGCAGGGCCCCCAGGGGAAGCCGGGACGCACCGGCAAGCCGGGUCCCCCCGGACCUCCGGGGGACCGCGGUCCUCCGGGUCCUGUGGGGCCGCCGGGGGAGAAGGGUGAGCCAGGCAAGCCGGGCCCUCCUGGUCUCCCGGGUUCAGGAGGCAGCGGCGCCAUCAGCACGGCCACCUAUACCACAGUGCCACGCGUGGCCUUCUACGCCGGCCUCAAGAACCCUCAUGAGGGUUACGAGGUGCUCAAGUUUGACGACGUGGUCACCAACCUAGGCAACAACUACGAUGCGGCCAGCGGCAAGUUUACAUGCAACAUUCCUGGCACCUACUUUUUCACCUACCAUGUCCUCAUGCGCGGCGGCGACGGCACCAGUAUGUGGGCGGACCUCUGCAAGAACGGCCAGGUGCGGGCCAGUGCCAUUGCCCAGGAUGCAGACCAGAACUAUGACUAUGCCAGCAACAGCGUGAUCCUGCACCUGGACGCCGGCGAUGAGGUCUUCAUCAAACUCGACGGAGGCAAAGCACAUGGCGGCAACAGCAACAAAUACAGCACUUUCUCCGGCUUCAUCAUCUACUCAGAUUGAGCCCCUGUGUCCCACUCCAUCCUCCGUUCUUUUCUGUGGGUCCCCUCCCAGAAGGGACAAAGAAGAACCCAUCCCUACUCAUUCCCAAGUUGCCUGGCCCAGGCUGCCAACCCACCCCGGCUGAACCUCCCCUAGCCCACCUCUACCAGCGAGUCCACGUCUAAACCCUCCCACUUGGGAGCACAAAGCCCCUGGUGCUGCAGUUCCGCCCCGGGUGGCAGGUUGCCUUCCUGGUCCCAGCCUGCGCUGUAUAUUUGUACAAUAGGACUGUUUACUGCCCACCCUCUCCUGCCAGUCAGCCCCAGCCUGGGGGGAAAUUGGCGGGGUUGCUUCCUGCACUGGGAUGAGCUGCUCUCCAUCUACUGAUGUCCCAGCCUGGGGAGGGGAGGGCUGGGGGCUGGAUAGCUUCCCAGGACCCACAGAACCCUGGACCAGCUGCACCCUGUCUGACCAAAGCUAUAAUAAAAACAUUUCCACCCCGUG